ACUAAACCUUGACCCAUGUUUGAACUAUUGGACCUGAGGUUUUGGGCUCAAUGAAAUUCUGUUCAACGUGAAGAUCAUGGAAAUGGGAGAAAAUUAGGAAAAGCACAAAGCUACAACGGAAAAGGACUGGUGGCAGAGAUGCAUGAUCUCUUCGGGGACUAUAUAGAAGGUGCGGGAGGCAGGGUCAGAGGCAGAAGCAGAGGCAGAGGCAGAGGCAGCACCGGCCCACUGUCAGUGGAUCCCACCAUGCGCCAACAUCAGGCUUCAGCAGCCCAGCAAUCUGCCAAUCGCUUCUUCCUAACGCACCCACCAUCGACGUAUGUAGUCGGCUACUUUUCCACGCGUGUCAUCUCGUGUCACACGCAACCAUGAACAUGAACAAUGGCGGGCCCUCACCACUGUUCCAUCCUUAAAAAAAGAUACCAUUAAAC